AUGCAAAAGACCUCGGAGCAAGGUGCAAGAAAUCUUGACGACCUGCCCACUCUUCACGAGCCGGACCAAAUGGAAGCUCAUGGCGAUGACUGGGGCCAACCAGAGUUGAUUCCACCCGGAACUCCGCCGCCCUCUUACGGAAAUUUCUCCGAAAAAGAAGCGCUGCACACAAGCCUGAUCAGAAAGAACAACUCCUGUCCUACAAGCGCGCAAACUAAAUCGUUCAGAAAGAGUGACACUACCUAA